AUGGCAGAGCACUUUCGGAAUCGUAUCAAGGAGCUACGAUCACGCAAGGUGGCGACUGAGGAUGCGGCUCUUAGUUCACAGACGGCGGCGGGGUCUGCAGCGACGACGGUGGCGUCGAUGACGCCUCUCCAGCUCUCGUCAUCGGCUUUGUCGAGUAAAACAGUGGCGUCGGUUCCUGUGGCGAAUCUGCCGCCGCCGUUUGUAUCGCCGCACGCUGCAGUGGUGAAGUAUCGGGACACCGUGCGUGAUCCGUUGUGCGCGCGGUUUACGACACAGCACGCGUUGAACCUCUUUGAGGUUAUGCUGCAGUCAGCCAACGACACCGCACGGCGCAAACGGGCCCGUUCCCCGGACAAUGAGGCCUCCACGGAGAAAACGCAACGCUCUGGUUGCCCAGAGCCGGAGCUGGAGCAUACAUCAGAGGAGCGAGAGGAAAAUGGUGAGGAGCGAGACUCACCGCGCCAUCUUGACACCGAACAGCCUAUGCUGAGAAAAAUUUGCGACGCCGAGAGGAAGCAAGAAAACAACUCCACCUCUGAUUCUUCUCUUCCCAAUGUGGUUUCUUACUUCUUGCCUGAGAUAGCUGCAAGGUGCUUCACUAACAAUGAAGAGUUGGAGGAACGAGAUGAGCUUGUCAAUGGACAGGCACACCUAAAUCGUCCAGAGGCUAGUGCAGGAACAUACGUUGGCGGCAGUUUACGUGGCAACAAAAGCAAAUGCAUUCUUGUCACGGGGAAACGGUUCCCACCUUGCCGUUCAGUAAAUAAAUACAUUCCGAAGGCCCGCAUUGCGCAGGGAGUGUACGGUGUGGUCAUCAGCGCCACUAAGUCCACUCCUGAGAUUCUUCGCCACGGGCUGGAGCCGAAGCGGAUGAUCAAAAAGUAUGCACUAAAACAGGUGAAGGAGCAGUGGCUUGUGGACUCGCAAGUCGGGUUUCCACCGUAUCUCCUGAGGGAGUUUGAUCUCCUGCUUCGGAUACGCCAUCCAAACAUUGUAAGAGCCCGAGAGGUGGUGAUUCUCGACAAGCGGCUUGGGGCGGCAAGGCACUCGCGCAGUGAGGCGGGUGGUAAUGGUGGUGGGAUCGAAGGCAGCCACAAGCCUCGUCCUGAGACCACCGAAGGGUUUUUGCAGGAGGCAAAGGGGUUGGCCUCCAACACCAACGCUGCCCCUCAACCGCAGGAGAAGUCAAAGACAGAUAGGACACCGAAACACGAGCGCGGUACAACUCAUGUAAAGGACGUGUAUUUGGUGAUGGACUAUUGCCCCUACGAUCUCAAGUCUUUUCUCUCUCUUCAUAAUGAAAAAGGGGUUUACCUGCAUUUAAGUUCCUGCAAUACACACCCUGAUGCCCCACACAAUUUUUUGUCUCGAGUGAAAUGUAUUAUGCAACAAUUGUUUCGAGCCCUGAAUUUUCUCCAUGAUCAUCGUAUCUUGCACAGAGACAUUAAAACCUCUAACAUUCUCAUUAGCCAUGAAGGGGUGGUGAAGCUUUGCGACUUUGGUUUGGGGCGGCUGUACUGUGAGGGGGAGCAGCUGACUGCCAACGUUGUCACUCUCAUGUAUCGUGCUCCAGAGCUACACUUUGGUGUGCGUGACUACUCCCACAAGAUGGAUGUGUGGUCGCUGGGGUGCAUCAUGGCAGAGUUAUUCCUCAAGAUGCCGCUGUUUCGAGCCGAAGAGGAGGUGAAACAUUUUGCCGCCAUCUGCAACAUUAUUGGGAUACCAACAGAGGAGACGUUCAGCGGGUUGUACAAGAUGCCGGAACUUUUGCGCAUCAUGCGUUGCCUCACAAAGUACAAUCGUGAAAACCAUCUUGCUCAUGUGUUUGAGAAGUCGCGCCACGCCGGUGCGGCGACUCUGCCCGCGAGUGGGAUGGACUUGCUGCAACGCAUUUUUCAGUGGAAUCCUUUGGACCGACUCUCUGCACGUGAUGCGCUCAACCACGCGUUCUUUCACGAGGCCCCGCUGCCAUGUGAGCCGGCGGAACUCUUGCGUCCCAUACCAACAACAAACGUGCUGCCUGCGCGGCAUGAGGGUAAGUCAUCAACGAGAAGAAAUGAAACACGCGACGUGGUGGGAACACCCCCACCCGAGCCGCUGGUCGUUCCAACAGAUGCAUUGCCUUGGGCUGGAGAAAAGCCUGCGGCACCGCCGGCGAUGGCCCGAGUUGCAUCAGUGGAACCGACAGGGGCCACCAGUACCGCGCGGGACGCGCGUGGAAGGACGGGGUUGGCGGUUGAAGUGGCCUCGUCUUCGUCGGAGGACGACGCUGAGCAUGCGCUGCUGCGGGAGUUAGACUCACUUAAGGAUAUCCCAAGUCCUGGUGACGGGGACGAGGCCCAGCGUGUGGCGAACCAGGCUCGUCUGCAGGCGAAUCAGGACCGUGAUUGGGCGUCAUCGCCAGGGUUUUGA